UUGAUCAGCAUGAAGGUCUUCGUAUUAAUUGUUUUGGGAAUUGCUUUUGUUUCUGCUAGGGUCCUUCCACAGGAUACUCCAGUUCAUCUCCGUGACAUUGGUUCUCCAUCAAUCGAAGGUCGUAUUACCAAUGGAAAUAAGGCAGCCACAAACCAGUUCCCCUAUCAAGUGGGUCUCGCAUUUAAGAGUUCCUCUGGAAGUUGGUGGUGCGGUGGUUCAAUUAUCGCAAAUACUUGGGUUCUAACCGCUGCUCAUUGCACAAAAGGUGCCUCUUCCGUUACCAUUUAUUAUGGUUCCACCACUCGCGCAGUGGGCACAGUGACUAAAAAAGUAUCCAGCUCAAAAUUUGUGCAGCACGCUAGCUAUAAUUCGGUUACUCUGAAUAACGAUAUAUCCCUGAUUAAAACCCCAUCCGUAACUUUUACGGCUUCGAUAAAGAAGAUAAACCUCCCAGCGAUCGCCAGUAGCUAUUCAUCUUACGCCGGACAAACAGCCAUAGCCUCCGGAUGGGGAAGAACCUCGGAUUCCGUCAGCGCUUCGGCCUCCACCCUCCAAUAUGCCCAACUAAAGGUUAUUACCAAUGCCGUGUGCCAGCAGACUUAUGGAAGCUCGGUGGUUACCAGCGGAGUGAUCUGCGUGGCCUCCACCAACAAAGUAUCUACUUGUCAGGGCGAUUCUGGAGGUCCUCUGGCCUUGAACAGUCAGUUGAUUGGAGUGACCUCGUUUGUGUCCUCGAAUGGGUGCGAGAAAAAUAAGCCAGCUGGUUUCACCCGCGUUACCAGUUACCUGAUCUGGAUUAAGAGCAAUUCCGGUGUUUCCUAUUAGGGGAUAUGUAUUAUUUUUAAAACUCCCAAAAAAUAAUAUAGUUUUUCCUUUAUCCCAGCAACUAAGAAAAAUAAAUUAAUUUUGAAUGAAA